AUGUGGCUGCAGAACUUGCUUCUCCUGGGCACUGUGGCCUGUAGCAUCUCUGCACCCACUGGCCCACCCAGAUCUGUCACCCGGCCCUGGAAGCAUGUGAAUGCCAUUGAGGAGGCCCUGAGACUUCUGGACGAAAGCAAUGACACUGUUGCUGAGAUGGAUGAAAUAGAAGUUGUCUCUGAAAGGUUUGACCCUCAGGAGCCGAUGUGCGUGCAGACCCGCCUGAAGCUGUACAAGCAGGGCCUUCAGGGCAGCCUCACCAGGCUCAAGGGCUCCUUGACCUUGAUGGCUGACCACUACCAGAAGAACUGCCCCCCUACCCCGGAAACUUCCUGUGAAACCCAGAUUAUCACCUUCAAAAGUUUCAAAAAGAACCUGAAGGACUUUUUGUUUGAUAUCCCCUAUGACUGCUGGAAGCCACUCCAAAAGUGA